CUUCUUUUGUUGAAAAGUCUGCCUCUUUCUCUCUUCUUUAUAAAUCCCACACACACUGAUCCUUAGUCCAUAAGCAAAUAUCAAAGCCAAAAAAAAUAAAUACAAUAAUCUCAUUCUUUCUCUCUCUAUCAUUCUAAAGAUGGAGAAGAAUAUACCAAUAAGCAAGAAGCUAUGGAACAUCGUACGUUUUGUCAUGUACAUGUUACACAAAGGCAUUUCUAAGCAAAAGCUCCUCGCUGACUUUAACGCUACUCUCAAACGAGGUAAGAAUCUCAUGUUCCACAACCGCCGCCGCGUCCCAGCAGCCUCAACCGUCACGUCGGCCCUGCCGCGGAAAGAAUACGAGUUUAGCUGCAGCGACACUCCUAACUACUCAUUCCCCUUUAACAUUGCCGCUUUCAAGAAGAAGAAUCACCACAACAGCCUCUUCUCUUGUGGCCAUGCGCCACCGACCCUCGACGACGACACUUCCGCCUCCAGAGCCGUCCUUGAGCUGCUGAACGGCGUGGGAGAUCAUGACCAGCAGGGAAGUAACACGCCGGGGGCUUUGUCCAUUGAGGCCUUGACGGCGUUAUCUCCUUACUUGUCAGGGUUUGGACGGAGUAGUCCGUCGGUGAGGCCUUUACGGGUAACGGACUCACCGUUUCCGCUACGGGAAGAUGGUGACGUGACUAACGGACAUGUUGACAAAGCAGCCGAUGCGUUUAUAAAGAAGUUUUACAAGAACUUGAAUCAGCAGAAGAAGAUGAUUGAGUUCUCACCUAAUUAAUAUUUUCUCUUUUUGGCUGAUUUAGUUCCGAAGUUGUAAUAAUAUUCUUGGUUGGAGGGUGGGGAUUAUUUUCUCAUUUCUUGAUUAAAAAAUCAGAUCAUCAUGAAUAAAAUUUAUUCGGGU